AUGGGCUCCUCAGGCUCGCUCGCCGCUUGCACCGUCCUCGUCGUCGCCUCCUCUGCGUGCGGCGACGGCAGGGACUUCAUCGCCGCGAUGCUGCUGCCGCUCGGGGCGGGGGCUCUGCUCUCCGCGUCGGCGCAAGGCACAGAUAAUGAGCUGGCCCUCUCGGCGCAGCAGCAAAAGCUGCUCGCCGCGUUGGAGGCCGCCGACCUCGCCAAGCAGGAGAUCGCACCGGCACCGGCACCGGCCGAUGGUCGGCGCCAGCCCAAAGCGGGCGACGCAGCCCCAAGCGAGGGAGGGAGCGCCGAAGCGCCGGCGCCGACCGCAGACGAGGUCGACGAGUCUGCCGUGCGCGUCUAGGCACACACACAGCACCAGGCCCAUGUGCAAUUCUGCCACGCUGGGUGCGAGAAGGUACUCUUUAAGCACGCCGCACGACCCGGAAUGGUUGGUAUGAAGCAGGUUCGUGCACGAAGGUACUAGAGAGCUCGUGUCGGUUUCUAGGAUCGCCAGAGAAUCUGUUGGUUGGCUGUUACAGUACGUCAGUAUCCACCUGUGAGUGCUGUGUGCUCUAUGUGGGUGGCGGGAUGACCGGACUUUCUUGUGCCCAGUGUCGUGCGAGGGAGCCAAAGAAAAAUUCUUCCCCCGAGCUUUGUUGUAAAUUUCUUUUU